CUCUAGGUGAGCGCAUCAGCUGGUUCCAGCCGCACAGACAAGAAUUCUCUUCGCAGGAAGCUCCUCUCGCUCCCCUGCCGCCCACCCUCAGCCGGGUGGACAUAUCAUUGCACCUGCACAGAAGCCAGGCCUCUUGGAGCUAGGGUUGAAGAGCGUGUGGGAAAGAGAAGACAUUGAAGACACGGUCACUAAAGAUUCCCCAACUCCGUGUUGUGUGCGGCAGGCUGCUCUUGAACCCUGAGCUCUGGCGGAGAGGAUGGGGGUGGACGGGGAAACGGUGGUCCUGAAGAACAUGCUCAUUGGCGUCAACCUUAUCCUCCUGGGCUCCCUGCUCAAGCCCUCCGAGUGUCAGCUGGAGGUCACCACCGAAAGGGUCCAGGGACAGGCGGUGGAGGAGGAAGGAGGGGCGGCCAGCUACAACGCCUCGGGCAAAGAGCAGCCGAUGGUCUUCAACCACGUGUACAACAUCAACGUGCCCCUGGACAGCCUCUGCUCCUCGGGGCUGGAGGCCUCGGCCGAGCAGGACGUGAGCACCGAAGACGAGCCGCUGGCGCAGUACACGGGCCAGACGUCCGACCGCGAGAGCCAGGUCACCUUCACCCACAAGAUCAACCUCCCCAAAAAGGCCUGCCCGUGCGCCGGCUCGGCCCGGGUGCUGCAGGAGCUGCUGAAUCGGAUCGAGAUGCUGGAGAGGGAGGUGUCGCUGCUGCGGGACCAGUGCACCACCAACUGCUGCCCAGAAAGCGCCGCCACAGGACAACUGGACUACAUCCCUCACUGUAGUGGCCACGGCAACUUUAGCCUCCAGUCCUGCGGCUGCAUCUGCAAUGAAGGCUGGUUCGGCAAGAACUGCUCCGAGCCCUACUGCCCGCUGGGCUGCUCCAGCCGGGGCGUAUGUGUGGACGGCCAGUGCGUCUGUGACAGCGAGUACAGCGGGGGCGACUGCUCUGAGCUCCGGUGCCCGACAGACUGCAGCUCCCGGGGGCUCUGCGUAGAUGGAGAGUGUGUCUGUGAAGAGCCCUACACAGGCGAGGACUGCAGUGAGCUGAGGUGCCCCGGGGACUGUUCGGGGCAGGGGAGAUGCGCCAAUGGCACCUGCUUCUGCCAGGAGGGCUACAUGGGGGAGGACUGCAGUCAACGGCAGUGUCUGAACGCCUGCAGCGGGCGAGGUCACUGCCAGGAGGGGCUUUGCUUCUGUGAAGACGGCUACCUGGGCCCUGACUGUUCGGCAGUUGCCCCUCCAGAGGACUUGCGAGUGGCUGGUAUCAGCGACAGGUCCAUUGAGCUGGAAUGGGACAGGCCGAUGGCAGUGACGGAAUAUGUGAUCUCUUACCAGCCGAUGGCCCUGGGGGGCCUCCAGCUCCAGCAGCGGGUACCUGGAGAUUGGAGUGGUGUCACCAUCACGGAGCUGGAGCCAGGUCUCACCUACAACAUCAGCGUCUACGCUGUCAUUAGCAACAUCCUCAGCCUUCCCAUCACUGCCAAGGUGGCCACCCAUCUCUCCACUCCUCAAGGGCUACACUUCAAGACGAUCACAGAGACUACCGUGGAAGUGCAGUGGGAGCCCUUUUCAUUCUCCUUUGAUGGGUGGGAGAUCAGCUUCAUUCCAAAGAAUAAUGAAGGAGGGGUGAUUGCUCAGCUCCCCAGUGAUGUUACAUCCUUCAAUCAGACAGGACUAAAGCCUGGGGAGGAAUACAUUGUCAAUGUGGUGGCUCUGAAAGAGCAAGCCCGGAGCCUCCCUACCUCGGCCAGCGUCUCUACUGUCAUUGAUGGACCUACACAGAUCCUGGUUCGAGAUGUCUCAGACACUGUGGCCUUCGUGGAGUGGACCCCACCUCGAGCCAAAGUCGAUUUCAUUCUCUUGAAGUACGGCUUGGUGGGUGGGGAAGGCGGGAAGACCACCUUCCGGCUACAGCCUCCCCUGAGUCAAUACUCAGUGCAGGCCCUACGGCCAGGGUCCCGCUAUGAGGUGUGGGUCAGCGCUGUCCGUGGUGCCAACGAGAGCCAGUCCACGACCACCCAGUUCACCACAGAGAUUGAUGCCCCCAAGAACCUGAGAGUGGGCUCCCACACGGCAACCAGCCUUGACCUCGAGUGGGACAACAGCGAAGCAGAGGUCCAGGAGUACAAAGUUGUGUAUAGCACCCUGGCGGGUGAGCAGUACCACGAGCUGCUUGUCCCCAAGAGCGUGGGUCCCACCACCCGAGCCACACUCACAGAUCUGGUGCCUGGCACGGAGUAUGGAGUUGGAAUAUCUGCUGUCAUGAACUCACAGCAAAGUGUGCCAGCCACCAUGAAUGCCAGGACUGAACUUGACAGUCCCCGGGACCUCAUGGUGACUGCCUCCUCGGAAACCUCCAUCUCCCUCAUCUGGACCAAGGCCAGUGGCCCCAUUGAUCACUACCGAAUUACCUUUACCCCAUCCUCCGGGAUCGCCUCAGAAGUCACUGUGCCCAAGGACAGGACCUCAUACACAUUGACAGAUCUGGAGCCUGGAGCAGAAUACAUCAUUUCAAUCACUGCUGAGAGGGGUCGGCAGCAAAGUUUCGAGUCCACUGUGGAUGCCUUCACAGGCUUCCGCCCCAUCUCCCAUUUGCACUUUUCUCACGUGACCUCCUCCAGUGUAAACAUAACCUGGAGUGACCCAUCCCCUCCAGCAGACAGACUCAUUCUGAACUACAGCCCUCGCGAUGAAGAGGAAGAGAUGACAGAGGUCUCUCUGGAUGCUACCAAGAGGCAUACUGUCCUGAUGGGUCUGCAGCCAGCUACUGAGUACAUUGUGAACCUGGUAGCAGUCCACGGAACAGUGACCUCUGAGCCCAUCGUGGGCUCCAUCACCACAGGAAUUGAUCCUCCCAAAGACAUCACAAUUAGCAAUGUGACGAAGGACUCAGUUAUGGUCUCCUGGAGCCCUCCUGUUGCACCUUUUGAUUACUACCGAGUAUCAUAUCGGCCAACACAAGUUGGACGACUGGACAGUUCAGUGGUGCCCAACACAGUGACGGAAUUCACCAUUACCAAACUGUAUCCAGCCACUGAGUAUGAAAUCAGUCUCAACAGUGUACGGGGCAGGGAGGAGAGUGAGCGCAUCUGUACCCUCAUUCACACAGCCAUGGACAACCCUGUGGAUCUGACUGCUACCAACAUUACUCCAACAGAAGCCCUGCUGCAGUGGAAGGCACCAGUGGGUGAAGUGGAGAACUAUGUCAUUAUUCUCACACACUUUGCAGUUGCUGGGGAGACCAUCCUGGUUGAUGGCGGCAGUGAGGAAUUCCAGCUUGUUGGCCUGCUUCCUAGCACCCACUAUACUGUCAGCAUGUAUGCCGCCAGUGGGCCUCUCACCAGUGGUACCAUCAGCACCAACUUCUCUACCCUCCUGGACCCUCCUGCAAACCUGACAGCCAGUGAAGUCACCAGACAAAGUGCCCUGAUCUCCUGGCAGCCUCCCAGAGCAGAGAUUGAAAACUACAUCUUAACUUACAAAUCCACUGAUGGAAGCCGCAAGGAGCUGAUUGUGGAUGCAGAGGACACGUGGAUCCGAUUGGAGGGCCUGUCUGAGAGCACGGAUUACACAGUGCUCCUGCAGGCAGCGCAGGACACCGCCCGGAGCAGCCUCACCUCUGCCACCUUCACCACAGGGGGCCGAGUGUUUCCUCAUCCUCAAGACUGUGCCCAGCAUUUGAUGAAUGGAGACACUCUGAGUGGGGUUUACACCAUUUUUCUCAAUGGAGAGCUAAGCCGGAAGUUACAGGUGUACUGCGACAUGACCACGGAUGGGGGUGGAUGGAUUGUGUUCCAGAGACGACAGAAUGGCCAAACUGACUUUUUCCGGAAAUGGGCUGAGUACCGUGUUGGCUUCGGGAACCUGGAGGAUGAGUUUUGGCUGGGGCUGGACAACAUACACAGGAUCACAUCCCAGGGCCGCUACGAGCUGCGCGUGGACAUGCGGGACGGCCAGGAGGCUGCCUUCGCCUACUACGACAAGUUCUCCGUGGAGGAUGCUAGAAGCCUGUACAAGCUGCGUCUAGGAGGCUACAAUGGCACUGCAGGGGACUCCCUCAGCUAUCAUCAGGGGCGCCCUUUCUCCACAGAGGACAGAGACAAUGAUGUUGCUGUUACCAACUGCGCCAUGUCUUACAAGGGGGCCUGGUGGUACAAGAACUGCCACCGGACCAACCUCAAUGGGAAAUAUGGAGAGUCCAGGCACAGUCAGGGGAUCAACUGGUACCACUGGAAAGGCCACGAGUUCUCCAUCCCUUUCGUGGAGAUGAAGAUGCGCCCCUAUAAUCACCGUCUCCCAGCGGGGCGGAAACGGCGGUCCUUGCAGUUCUGAGCAGCAGUGGCCCGGGCCGACUGACCCUUUCUGUCAUUUGUUUGUAUUUUAUAAUAUGAGACAAGGGGUGGGGGGUAAGAGUACUGUGCUUUGCAACAUUUGAAGGGCGUUCAAGGAAGCAGGACAUAGCUGCUUGCGGUUUCUGCUGUCCCGGGCCUGGGCCUCGGUCUCCACGCUCCCUCCCACCCAGUCAUCCCUAACCUUUGCCUCCCUUCCCACUAAGGAGGGAAAGUCAGAAACAUUUUAAAGAGACCCAUGGAAAGGCAGGUCCCAGAAUCAGAUUGCUAUGGCAACAGGCCUUCUUUUCCUGCCCUCCUAGGAGUUGCCUGGCAUUCAGGUAUCCGUGCUCAGGUUACCGCCUUGGAUGGUCAGAUUCUCACAGCAGCCCCUGGGAGAAGCCUCGGGAAGAGAGCUCUGCCAUCCACACCCCUUGAGAGGAAGCAGAUGAACCUCACCCCAUCCCAACCACCCAAGUCCUUUUCAAUGGGCCAAAGAUUCUCAUUGCCUGACACUCUUACCAGCGAAGUGUCCUAUUACCUUUUAAGAGCAGUCGUCUCCUUCCCCAUCCCAAGCAAUUCUGUGCCUAUGUCCAUCUUACCCUUAGACUCCCAUGGUCCCACAAGCCCAAGGCAUUGUCCACACCUGGCCCCAGGCUGCACAGUGGCCGUGUCCCUGAGGGUCCUAAGUCCUUGCUCCCUCUCUUGGGUCAAACGGAAGAACUUCCUUUUGUGGGCGAAAGGGUCUCGGAGAUGGUGGCAGUUUUCACCCUUUGGGGUCAGACAUUGAGGAAAGGACAAUAGUAGAAAUCAGGGCAUCUGCCAUUUGAGAUUAUGGUCCCAUGGGAAACAGAGAUCUUACCUGGCUCUAUUUUCGUGUUUCUAGUCCUAUCUGUCAUGGAUUUUCUUUUCUUUUCUUUUUUCUGAAUUGCAAACAGAAGGCCUCAUUUCUGUCUUCAGCCAGGCUCUCCUUAAUGUGGGUGGCUUAUUAAGAGUCAGAAGAAGUUAUGUGAUCAGCCAGCCAUUCCUUUGACUGACAAUUCCUGGAAAGAGGUGAAAUUCAUGGGGAGUUGUUUUUGUUUUUUGCUCCUUUUUUUUUUUUGGUCCUGUGGGAAAUAGGAAUGACCUCUCUAAUGAGUUGGCAUCAUGAGAAGCCUUUCUCCAUCUUCUUUUAUUAUUCUGCCUCUGAGAGGAAAAAUGAAAAGUGCCAGAGGAAAUUACAUCUGGAAAUCCAAAGGUGAACAGGGGACGACUGUGGGCCUACCUCCCAUUUUAUGAGAUGUGCUCUCUUCACUACCAUGAUUUGAUUUUUAAGCCCAAGAGAGCUGGAGGCUCUAGAAACCAUGACCCUUUGACUUCUCCAAAUCAAAUGUCAGAUGCAGCCAUCCCUGCAGCCUCUACCAAAAUCCAUAGCCAGCUCCCCAGUUGCCCUCCCCUUGCCCCUCCUCAUGGUCCUGCAGGUCCCACUUUUGUUAUCUGUAAUCCCCAUGGUUAGCCAAACUAGGGCAUCGUGUUCCUUUCCCAACCAGUUGCUGGAAAAGCCUGAGAGCUGGCAGUUUCCUAAUGGAAAUAGCUGCACUCUAACAUGAUUCUGAUCCCCAAGAAAAGAUAGUCCCUUGGGCUGCUGAUCACACUUUAUGCUUACAAACCCCGGGGCUGGGACGUGGAGGCCACAUAGACACUUCCUCAGGUUAGCUUGGGCUCCAAAAGAAACCCAAACCCCUUGUCCUACUAGAAGGAGGACAAGGAAGAAAGAGAAACAGUCCUUUCAAGAAAUGUGUAAACUGAGAGACUGAGCUAGAGAAUGGAACACACCAGGGAUGACUAGGAAAGGAAGCAAGGGCUAAGGUAUAGGCCCCUCCUCUGCCAUGUCAUUGGCUCUGUGACAUCAUUGUUUUCUCACUCUGUGUGGGACUCAGUUCCCCCUCCCCCAGAGGGUUGAAUGAAAGUUUAGACUAGAAUGGCCACCAACUUCCUUUUCAGUUUUGAUGGUCAGUAGUGCAAGUUUCCGACCUGAAAAUCUAAGUAGAAAUGGGCAUUGAUGAGAGAGUGCAAUUAAGUAAUGAAAAUUCACCAGAAGCCCUGCUUUUUUAGGGAAAGAGAGAUGGAAGGAAGGAGGGAAGGAAGGAAGGAAGGAAGGAAGGAAGGAAGGAAGGAAGGAAGGAAAGAAGGAAGGAAGGAAGGCUGAGAUCAUAAAUAAACACACACACACACACACACACACAGGAAAAAAACAUUGCAGAAAAGGUAAUGUCAAGUAAGAGGCUGAGUUGAUUUUGCCCAUAAAAGCAGAUUCGGGGGCCUGGUUGGUGCCAGGACAGCCUACCUCAUCAAGGCAACUGACACACAAAAAAAGAUUAGGAGUCCUUAUGUGGUCAAUUCAGGUGAAAGCUAGGAAGUAUCAGAGGAAACCAAAACCCACCUUCCUUUCAUUACAACCAUUUUACCCUAUGGAACAUUUUUAUAAAUAGUAUCAGCAGCAUUGCCUGAAUUCAUUUCAAAAACUUUUAAAGCAAGAAAAAGACUUCAAAGAUUAGCUCACCCAACCUCCUAUAAAAGGAUGUAUACAUUGCUUUUAUUAAAUUGAGUGAUUUUCUCACGAGUUUUCUCCAUCUUCAAGAGGCACUGUGCCCCGUUCUCUCCUCAAGAUCCAUGAUCAACUAAACUCAGAGCUUCUUAAUUUUACUCACUGAUUCCUGCUUAUUUUGUUCCUCCAAAUUUAUAUUCUUCCCAAGGGUGGAUCCAGUAAACAUACUCACAAAGCACUGACCUACACACACCACUUUCUCUUGCGGGACUGACAGGGCAAGAAGUGGACCCUGCGUAGAGGCAAUUUAACUGUGGGAUUAGGAUUUAAUCCCAAUCCUAAUCACAGGUGUUUACAAACAAAACCUCCCAAGGACUGCAACAGAUCCACUACCUAGAUCCAAGAUCCAGAUAGUUUUGCCUUUUCUCAUUUCGCCAUUAGAUAAAGAUAGUUCCCAAGAGAGUUACUCACAUUCUCCAGGUUUCUUUCUGGACGGUGGGGGAAGGAGAUGGAGACAACAAAUCUGUUGGCCUUGUAGACUGGAUUUAAAUGGAGGAGGGAGACUUGCUAGGUGUGGCCACAAGGUGGCAAUCACCACCACCCCCAUCUCCCCCCACCCCAAAUCGCCGCUGGUAACUGAAACCUGGUGGGGAUUGAGGACAGCAAGCCCCUCAGGGGUUUCCAGGAGAACUCAGACCAAAACAAGUUUCAGGAAAACCAACCAACAGAUUUCCACAGGAGGCUGAACUGUAAAAGAAGAACAGUAAAAAUGGCAGCAAAGAAAUGCAGGGCCAACUUCCAUGAAUAGUUAAAUCCACCCUACCCGUCUCCCCUGGGCUGCUCCAGAAGUGCUAAGACCCCUCCCACCCGGUUCCCUGGAAACCAACCAGCAACCCUCAUGUGGAAAACUGUUAUUUCAAAGACAAACCUGAAGAACCAAGGUUGCCAAUGAGCUCAAUGCCAAACCAAACAACUCUAAUCACAUUUAUAGUUUUAAAAUCCAGUCCCAGAACAGAGCUGUAGAUUAAGGAACACUAGGUCAUUAUGGAAUUUUUUCAAAGAGCUCUUUUAAAAGCAUCAGUUGAGAAACGAUUUAUGAGCUCCUCUUUGUCCCUUCCUCUGGAAAGAAAGUGGAACCUGUGAGCAGUAGAUGCCCCAAGCUGGGGAGGCUGAAAUAGACCAGCCCGUGAUCUGGACUCGCAAGUAUUCCUGGG